CCGAGUUCCAGCGAACGCUUCGUUCAUCGUCUUCAUCAUGCGCCGCUUCUCGACGGUCAACAAGGCCGAAGUGAGCAAGUUCACCCGCGCGGCCAGUGACUGGUGGAAACCCGAGAGCAACACCGGCGUCGGCCUCCUGCACCAGCUCAACCCGAUCCGCGUCCAGUACAUCCGCGAGCAAGCGAUUACGCACUUCAAAAAGGAGCCGCUCAAUGCGCAGUCCGCGUGGCCGCUCAAGGGCCGCCGCGUCUUGGACGUUGGUUGCGGUGGCGGGAUCCUCUCGGAAGCUUUGGCCCGCCUCGGCGCCAACGUUACGGGCGUGGACCCUGGCCAAGCCAACAUUGAGGCCGCAACCACGCACGCGCUCGGUGACCACGAGACUGCGAACAACCGCUACAUUUGCUCGACGGCUGAUGCACUCGUGCAGCAGAAGGAGACCUUUGAGAUUGUGUGCGCGCUCGAGGUUGUCGAGCACGUCGACGACGUCCCUGCGUUCAUCCAGCAGCUCACGCAGCUCGUCGAGCCCAACGGCGUGCUCUUCAUGUCGACGAUCAGCCGCACCGCGCUCUCGUACUUGACGACAAUCCUUGCGGUCGAACAUGUCCUCCGCCUCGUCCCGCCGGGCACACACGAGUGGUCCAAGUAUGUGCAGACGCACGAGCUGACGGCGGCGCUCGAGCAGAACGGCAUGCGCGUCGAGAACGUCUCGGGCAUUGUCGGCGAUCCGUUCAUCACGGGCUGGCGCCUUAGCGAGCGCUGCACCGACAUCAACUACAUUCUCUGCGCGACCAAGAAAGAGUAA